AUGUCCAGCUCAUCCUCCCUUCGACGCCAACCGUCGGCCUCGAACCUCACACGGCCAGUACAGCCACGCUCAAGAGCUCCCAGCGUCGCUCCUCCGGUCUCUUCAUCAGGCGCUGCUCGAAGGCUCACCGUGAAUGGAGCAUCCCAGACUGCCUCUCGCUCCGCCUCCUCCUCUUCCAACAACGCUGCCGACGCAGGUUCAAAACGCACGGAUGCAGGCGAAUCCAACAUUCAGGUCGUCGUUCGUGUCAGAGGUCAGGCUCCCAACGAGCCAAAACGCACAACACCCGGCAUCCUCACCACCUCCGGUCCACGAUGUCAGCAAAUUGACGUCGCCAUCGAACCCGCGCCCGUCUCUUCCUCUUCCGUAAUGGCAUCCUCGUCCAACCUCGUACAGGAGUCAUCGACGCGUCAGAAGAGCUAUCACUUCGACCAAGUCUUUGGUCCCGAGGCUGACCAAGGCAUGGUCUACCAGGACGUCGUCGGCCCCAUCCUCGAAGAGGUCAUGUCAGGCUACAACUGCACCAUCUUUGCCUACGGUCAGACUGGUACCGGAAAGACACACACAAUGGAAGGCGAUUUGACUUCUCAGAUGGGCACCUACAGUUCCGAAGCCGGCAUCAUUCCGCGCUCGCUUUAUCGUCUUUUCCAUACCUUGGAACUCUCCAAGGACGACUAUUCCGUGAAGGCUUCCUUCAUCGAGCUCUACAACGAAGAGCUGCGCGACUUGCUCAGUCUAGAAUCGUCAGCAGAUGCCUCCUCUUCCGCUGCACCCGCAAAGGAUGCGCAGCACGGUCUUCGAAUGUACGACGAUGCACGAGGAAAGGGCGUCGUCAUCCAAGGUCUCGAGGAGGUCGCUCUCAAAGACGCCGCUCACGGUCUCACUGUCCUUCGACGCGGAAGUCAAAAGAGGCAGAUCGCAGCUACCAACUGCAACGAACAGUCCAGCAGAUCUCACGGCGUCUUCACUAUGACCGUAUUCAUCAAGGACAAGGGCUCAAGAGGCGAGGAUGUGCUCAAAAUUGGCAAGCUCAACCUCGUCGAUCUCGCUGGUUCCGAAAACAUUGGGCGAUCCGGUGCAGAGAACAAGCGUGCCAGGGAAGCAGGCAUGAUCAACCAGAGUCUGCUCACCCUCGGUCGCGUCAUCAACGCUCUGGUCGAGAAGAACAGCCACAUCCCUUACCGCGAGUCCAAGCUCACCCGUCUCCUGCAGGAGUCGCUCGGCGGUCGCACAAAGACUUGCAUCAUCGCCACCGUAUCGCAGGAACGCGCCAACAUCGAGGAGACCCUCUCGACGCUUGACUAUGCACUGCGUGCCAAGUCCAUCAAGAACCGCCCCGAGCUCAACACUCGAAUGACCAGGUCGGCGCUCAUCAAGGAGUACGUAUUUGAGAUUGAACGUCUCAAGGGCGAUCUCCAAGCGUCUCGCGAUCAGAACGGUAUCUACCUCACCGAAGAAUCGUGGAAGACCAUGCACUCUGAGCACGAGGAGCGCAAGACGCUCGCCGAAUCGCUCAAGCGCAACGCCGAAGUCACCGAAAGCAAGCUCAACAGCCUCAAGGAGCAGUUUGAGCAAAACAUGCAGCUCCUCGUCAAGCGCGACAAUGAGGUGAAAGCGGCCAAAUCAGAAUGCGCCGACAAGCUCGCCGAGCUCGAAGCCAUGAUCGCCAGGGCCAACUCGCUCGAGCUCACCGUCGAGCAGGAGGUGGCUCUGCGCAAAGCGUACAUGGCUAGCGAGGCGCACCUCAACCAAGCUGCCACUUCGCUCGCCGACCUGGUGCAUCAGAGCACUGCCGACGUUCAGGGUCUGUUUGACAAGUUGGAGCGCAAAACGGCGGUGGAGACGGCGAAUCGCGCUCUGGUCGCAGAGUGCAGGAACGCAGUCUCGCAGCGAGCGGGUCAGCUCGAAUCCAGUUUGACCAACUUCCACUCUGCAGAGGGUCAAUUCCACGCCACGCUGCAGUCCAGCCUCGAGACGCUCGCCAGCAGCUCCGACACGCGUCACGAGGAGCAGCAGCAGUUCCUGCAGGCACGUCUCAAAAAGCUUUCAACAUCUCUGCGGGAUGUUCGAUCGGGUCAGAUGGAGUCCAAGGACGUUCUCACGGCACUGCUCGGCGAGCUCGAUGCGACGGUCAACGAGAUGCAGGCUGCGAGCGAGGCGAACCUCGGUUCGCUCAAGCAGACCUGUCGUGGUGCGAUCAACGAUGUCGUGCUCGCCAACACGCAGCGCUUUGCCCAGGUAGCCGCGUCCCUCGAUUCCAUGGUCCAGUCCCACGUUGCCACUCUGAAGCACGUGACGGACAUCAACCUCUCCAGCCAGCAGCAGAUCGCGCAGGUCAAAGCAGCUGCCGAAGCCGCCAACGCGCAGGAACUCGCCAGCCUGAGGGAGCAAAACGCCCUCUUGACGGCCACCGUCGACGAGAUGAAGCGCAGCAACGUCUCGCUCAAAGCGGAUCUCAUGUCGGACUUUGGCAAACUCCUGGACCGUUUCACCGACCAGCAAGAGUCGGCCGUCUCGACAUCCAUCACUUCUGCCCAGGCGCUCGUCUCGCGCUCCACCGCCGCUUGCGAAUCGCAGGCCGCCGAACAAUCUUCCCGGCUUGACGCGCUCUCCUCCACGGCCGAAGAGACCGCCACCCAGCUGCACAGAUCGCAGUCCGCGCUCGUCGAGCAGACCAGCGUCAUCAGCACCGACGUCAGCCAGGCCAGUGGAGAGCUCGGCACAAAGAUGGACGCAUUCGCUUCCGCGAUCGAAGACGAUCUCUCCUCCACCACGCAGUCCACCUCUCGGGGUCACGAGGACAUCUCGUCGCUCACAGAGAGGGUGAGGGAGGAGAUCGAUUCCCGAACCAAAUCGCAAUCGUCCAAGAUCAAGGCUUGCAACUCGAAGCUCAGCGAAACGUUCGAUUCCCUGGCGGAGAACCUCAAGACGUCCGGAGAGGAGAUCGGAGAGGCGGUCAAGCAGGUCGGUGGCCUUGUGGAUGGAAGACACGAAGAGGUCAAGCAGUGGGGAGAGCAGAUGGAGGCUGGGUUGCGUGGGUUCUCGACCGACUCGAAUGCGCUGUUGGUGGGCAGGUUCAAGGAGGACAAGAGUACCGGUCAGACGCCGCAGAAGAAGGUGUGGAAGAUGCCCGGUCGUUGGACGCUGGUGCCGGAAAACAGGGAGGAUGCGAUCGAAGCGGGGAGGCAGGUGACGGAUACUCUGCGAAGCGCAGACGCUGACAACGUGCUGAGUUCGGAGAUCGGUGUGGAGCCUUCCUCCGAAGCGGAUGCUCACUUCGCACCGGCAGGCUCGGCAGACGUCAGCGCUGUGGAACCAGAGCUGGCGAUCGACACACCCACUUCACCUCCAGCACCAGUAGAGGCAGAACUUGUUUCGACACGUUCAUCCGCUCGACCCCUGCGAGAGCUGCCUUUCGGCCACUCGAACCUUCCCGUCUCGGCGUCCAGCGAGGACUUGGCUCCGAUCAAAGCCGUCGAAUCAGCUUCGGCGGUCCCCAAAUCGAGAAGCGCCAAGAACAAGCUCGCUGCUACGGCGUUGCCCGUCAGCAAGCGUGCGAGGUCGUGA